AUGGACAACAGAGCGCGCAGACAUCAGAAGACUCAACGUGACCACCGCGCCGCCGAGGUACAGGAAUCACUGCGAGCAGCACGCGCCGCUCGCACCGCACAAGAUGCCUCCUCGUCGUCCACACUCGCUUUGAGGCCCGCCGAUACUUCUGCUGCCCACGCCGGUGCUUCUGGGAGUUCAGUCAAUCCAUCUGCUGUUCACGUGGAUCUUUCUGCCACCCAAGCCGGCUCUUCUGCUACCCAAGCUGUCAGCAUAGUGCCUACUUACGCAAGUGCUACUCCCAUCCAAGCCUCUCACAAUGCUGCUUCUGCUAGUGCCACUCCCAACCCAGCCUCUCACACUGCUGCUACUGCUAGUGCCACUCCUAUCCACACUGGUGGUACCGCUAGUGCUACUCUUCCGUAUCCUUCUGGCCCUAUCCCCUUUCCCAACAUAUCUCCGUCUGAUCCUUUGUACCCCAUUACUCGACUAAUGAAACUUGUCGCAUUUCGAAAGGAAAUCAAACACAAUGCCGCCCACAUGCAUAAACAGAAUUUCCGACUUGCUCCGCACUCUACCCCAUAUAAGAGCGGCACCACAGCAAGAUCGUUCCAAGUUGCCUAG